CCUCCAUCAUGGCGACGGACUCUCCAGCUCGGAGUCUGGACGAAAUCGACCUGUCCGCUUUAAGGGAUCCUGCUGGCAUCUUUGAGCUGGUUGAGCUGGUGGGAAAUGGCACCUAUGGGCAGGUGUACAAGGGUCGCCAUGUCAAGACAGGGCAGCUGGCAGCCAUCAAGGUCAUGGAUGUCACGGGGGAUGAGGAAGAGGAGAUUAAAGCAGAGAUUAACAUGCUGAAGAAGUACAGUCACCAUCGGAACAUCGCCACCUACUACGGAGCCUUCAUCAAGAAAAACCCCCCUGGCAUAGAUGACCAGCUAUGGCUGGUGAUGGAAUUCUGUGGAGCCGGAUCGGUGACAGACUUGAUCAAGAACACCAAGGGCAACUCUCUGAAAGAGGAGUGGACCGCUUACAUCUGCCGAGAGAUUCUCAGGGGUCUGACUCAUCUCCAUCAGCACAAGGUCAUCCACAGAGACAUCAAGGGACAGAACGUCCUGCUGACUGAGAACGCAGAGGUCAAACUAGUGGACUUUGGUGUGUCGGCCCAGUUGGACAGAACAGUGGGGAGGAGGAACACGUUUAUUGGGACGCCAUAUUGGAUGGCACCCGAGGUUAUCGCCUGCGACGAGAACCCUGAAGCCACAUACGACUUUAAGAGUGAUUUAUGGUCACUGGGGAUCACAGCAAUAGAGAUGGCUGAAGGAGCGCCACCGCUGUGUGACAUGCACCCAAUGAGAGCCCUCUUCCUCAUCCCGCGCAAUCCUGCCCCCAGACUCAAGUCCAAGAAGUGGUCCAAGAAGUUCCAGUCGUUUAUAGAGAGCUGUCUGGUGAAGAGCCACAGCCAGAGACCCAGCACAGAGCAGCUCCUCAAACACCCGUUCAUCAGGGACCUGCCCAACGAGAGGCAGAUCCGCAUCCAGCUGAAGGACCACAUCGACCGCACCAAGAAGAAGAGAGGGGAGAGGGAUGAGACAGAGUAUGAGUACAGCGGCAGUGAAGAGGAGGAUGAAGAAAGAGACAUGGGUGAACCAAGCUCCAUCAUCAACGUCCCCGGAGAGUCGACCCUGAGGCGGGACUUCCUGCGCCUGCAGCUGGCCAAUAAGGAGCGAUCGGAAGCGCAGCGGCGGCAGCAGCUGGAGCAACAGCAGAACGAGGAGCACAAGCGCCUGCUGUUGGCGGAGAGACAGAAACGCAUCGAGGAGCAGAAGGAGCAGAGGAGGCGGCUGGAGGAGCAGCAGCAGCGAGAGCGAGACCUGAGGAAGCAGCAUGAGAGGGAACAGAGGAGGCGCUACGAGGAAAUGGAGCAGCUCCGUAGAGAGGAGGAGAGGAGGCAUGCAGAGAGAGAACAGGAGUACAAACGUAAGCAGAUAGAGGAGCAGCGGCAGGCGGAGCGGCUGCAGAGGCAGCUCCAGCAGGAGAGAGCCUACCUGGUGUCUCUACAGCAGCAGCAGCAGCAGGAGGGAAGGCAAGCGGAGAAGAAACCGCUUUACCACUACAAAGAUAUCGCCAAUCCUACCGACAAGCCUGCCUGGGCCAAAGAGGUGGAGGAGCGAUCCAAGCUGAACAGACAGAGCUCCCCAGCGCUGCAACCCAAAGUGGCCAACCGCAUCUCCGACCCCUCCCUCCCUCCCCGCUCCGAGUCCUUCAGCAGCGGGGGCAUGCAGCCCGCCCGCACCCCACCCAUCCACCGCUCCAUCGAACCACAGAUGGCUCACCUGGUUCCAGUGAAGACCCACUCGGGCUCCAUGUCCGGCUCUCAGUCUCUGCAGGACCAGACGGGCUCAGCUCUGAGCGAGGGCCUUAGCGUGGGCUCUCCCAGGCCCGAGAUGCCCCGCCAGAACUCAGACCCCACUUCUGACACCCCCGGACCCCCGCAGCGCAUCACAGGCAGAGAGGAACGGGAACGGGACAGAGACAGGGAUCGGGACAGGACCGCCUGGCUGAGAGAGGAGGACUUCCCACCCAAGGUCCCCCAGAGGACCACUUCCAUCUCCCCAGCCUUGGUCAGGAAGAACUCCCCUAACGGAGGAGGGGGUCUGGGCCCUCGCACAGGUUCUCAACUCAUACGGGCCAGUAACCCAGACCUGCGGCGCUCUGAGCUCUCUCUGGACGCCAUGCUGCAAAGAACUUCCUCCAACUCAUCAUCCUCCUCCUCCCCUUCAUCUCAGGGAGGCUCAGCCGAGAGGAGAGGUCAAGCCAAGCAGGAAGGAUCCCCUCCAGGAGCCAAUCAGGAGGCAAAGCCCAAAAAGGAGGAGGGCCGGGAAUCAGCCAGACCCAGCAGGCCUGCAGACCUAAGUGCAUUGGCUAAGGAACUCAGAGAAUUGAGGGUGGAGGAGGGCAGCAGACCUCCAGUCAAGGUGACAGACUACUCGUCCUCUAGUGAAGACUCAGAAAGCAGCGAUGAUGACGGGGAGACGGUGGGCCAUGAUGGGACUGUUGCUGUUAGCGACAUCCCCCGUAUCAUGCCAGCAGUGCAGAGCAGCGGUGAUUCGGUGUUCGGAGGGCUGACAGAGGACUCUCUGGGAGAGGCCUAUAAUAGCUCCAAGGACGGCACUCUAGUGAUGAGAGAGUCAGAGGAGAGGAGGAGAGGGGGCCACAGCGAGAGUAAUGGGUUCACGAAUCAUGGUAACCUCCCUGACCUGGUGCAGCAGAGCAACUCUCCCUCAGCCACACCCACCUCCGCCCUGCAGGAACUGGGCGACAUGGCUGAGUUCGGUCUGGGCGGGUCCAAAGCGUCCUUCACCCCGUUUGUUGAUCCACGUGUCUAUCAAACCUCGCCAAGUGAAAACGACGAUGACAACUCAGCGGAAGCCAUGUUUGCUAAUGAGCUGAUGAGGCAGGAGCAGGCCAGACUCAACGAAGCCAGGAAGAUCUCCGUGGUCAACGUCAACCCUACUAACAUCCGACCCCACAGUGACACACCGGAGAUCCGCAAGUACAAGAAACGCUUCAACUCCGAAAUCCUGUGUGCUGCACUCUGGGGCGUGAACCUGCUGGUGGGGACGGAGAAUGGUCUUAUGCUGCUUGACCGAAGUGGACAGGGGAAAGUCUAUAACCUGAUCACCAGACGGCGCUUCCUACAGAUGGAUGUGCUGGAGGGGCUUAAUGUGCUAGUCACCAUAUCUGGGAAAAAGAAUAAGUUACGUGUCUACUAUUUGUCCUGGUUGAGGAACAGAAUAUUACACAACGACCCGGAAGUAGAAAAGAAGCAGGGCUGGAUUACAGUCGGUGAACUGGAGGGCUGUGUGCAUUAUAAAGUUGUCAAAUAUGAGAGGAUUAAGUUCCUGGUGAUUGCUCAGAAGAACGCUGUGGAAAUCUAUGCCUGGGCUCCCAAACCCUACCACAAGUUCAUGGCCUUUAAGUCAUUCACUGAGUUGCAGCACCGUCCUCAGCUGGUUGACCUGACGGUGGAGGAAGGUCAGAGGUUAAAGGUCAUCUACGGCUCCAGCGUGGGCUUCCAUGUCAUCGACGUGGACUCGGGCAACCCAUACGACAUCUACAUCCCCUCCCAUAUCCAGAGCCAGGUGACGCCCCAUGCCAUCGUGGUGCUCCCUAAAACUGAUGGGAUGGAGAUGCUGCUGUGUUACGAGGACGAGGGCGUCUACGUCAACACCUACGGGCGAAUCACCAAGGACGUGGUGCUGCAGUGGGGGGAGAUGCCUACCUCUGUUGCCUAUAUCCACUCUAAUCAGAUUAUGGGCUGGGGUGAGAAAGCCAUAGAGAUCCGCUCUGUGGAGACCGGUCAUCUGGAUGGAGUCUUUAUGCACAAGAGGGCCCAGAGACUCAAAUUCCUGUGUGAGCGGAACGACAAGGUAUUCUUUGCGUCGGUGCGUUCGGGAGGUAGCAGCCAAGUUUUCUUCAUGACCCUCAACAGAAACUCUAUGAUGAACUGGUGAGGGCUCUUCCCACUGUCCACUCUGCCUCCACUCUCCCAUCGGCCGGCCCGGCCUCACACCUUGGCCCACGGCACUACUCACAAAAUGAAACAGAGUGACGAUCGAGAAGCCACAAGUGAACUCUUUUAACACUGGAGAGACUAAAAACCGCGUAGGACAACAAAAGAAAAAAAGUUAACGUAGAGAAAAACAAAAAACAAAGAUCUCUUCUGAAUGAAGAGACAUGCCACCCUAGAUUAUGUCAGGUCACGCAGAAAACCAAUCGUCUCUCAACUGACUGGCAUAGUGGUGCCACUGACUUUUCCAAAUAUUCUCUUCCUCUGUGUGUAACUGCGUUCAAGUGUUCAACAGCUGUAGAAAUACACUCAACACCUGCCUCCUCCUCCUCCUCUUCUCUUCCUCCCUUUGUCUCCCCUUCUCCUCCCAGGUAGAUCUAGUCAUCACUUUUUCAACCCUUUGAUACCUGUGUCCUCCAUUUUUCCUCACUUCCUAUGAGCCAUAUGUGGGGAUUGUUCCCGGAGAACUUACACACUUAUCAGAGGUCGGAGAAAAAGAUGAAUGAGAUUUAAUAUGAAUUCAAAUCUAUACUUCUGCAUAUGACAGGGCAGCUGAAGGGAUGACAAAUCUACUGUGGGUGUCAGCGGUGAAAGCAGACAGCCUAAUUGAUUUUCCUUCUCCUGUGUCACUCCCCCUUCUCCUCCUUCCACUUCCUCCUCUCGCCAUCAUUUCGGGGCCCGGAGUAAACCGAAUUGUCCGAUCGCAUUUCGCUGAUAGAGAUGCGGUGAGACAAUCUGCUGUCACAGGCGGGUUGUCACGGUUUGCAAAGAUGUGAUGUCUGUGUUCCCUUUAAAGUAGAAUCACCGGUCUUUCCUCGUUUCCUCGGCCCCUCCUCCUGUCACCUCCACCCCAUCAUCAUCAUCUAACUCUCACCACCCCUGUUUUCACUCUUUAAACUCUGAAGGUGCUGCAUCAGAUAUACUGUAAUAUUCAAUGAACAAUGAUAGCGUCAUUCUGUUCAUUCUUUUUUUAUUUCUGUUCUUUUUCUUUUGAUGUGACUGAGUCUGUCAGUCUUUGAAGCGCGAAGAAAUGUACAGCACAUAUGUGUUUCUGAAAUCAGGAGUGUAUGUUAAUGUGUGUGUGUGUGUGUGUGUGUGUGUGUGUGUGUGUGUG